CUGAACCCAGUAUUUCAAACAAAAGGCAGCCCGUUACUAACUUCUGGUUGCUAGGUGUGGUCUCCUUUCAAAUUCUAUAAAAUCAGAAGCCCAAGGUUCCACUUCCAGAGUGAGCCGUUCAGAGAAGAAUCUCUCUUUAGGUCUUUGGACGGAGGCGGAAAAAAAAAGAUCCUUCAAAAAUGGCAAUGGUAAAUGAAUUUCUCAAGCAGGCCUGGUUUAUUGACAAUGAAGAGCAGGAAUACAUUAAAACUGUGAAAGGAUCCAAAGGUGGUCCUGGGUCAUCAGUGAGCCCCUGCCCUAGCUUUAAUCCAUCCUCAGAUGUUGAGGCCUUGCAUAAAGCAAUCACAGCUAAAGGUGUGGAUGAAGCAACCAUCAUUGAAAUUCUGACUAAGAGAAACAAUGCCCAGCGUCAGCAGAUCAAAGCAGCCUAUCUCCAGGAAAAAGGAAAGCCCCUGGAUGAAGCUCUGAAGAAAGCCCUCACAGGUCACCUUGAGGACGUUGCUUUGGCUCUGUUGAAAACUCCAGCCCAGUUUGAUGCUGAUGAGCUCCGUGCUGCCAUGCGGGGCCUUGGAACUGAUGAAGACACUCUGAAUGAAAUUUUGGCAUCAAGAACUAACAGAGAAAUCAAAGAAAUUAACAGAGUCUAUAAAGAAGAACUGAAGAGAGAUCUGGCUAAAGACAUCACCUUAGAUACAUCUGGAGAUUAUCAGAAGGCUUUGCUUUCUCUUGCAAAGGGUGAACGAUGUGAGGAUCUUGACAUGAGAGAUGACUUGGCUGAUACGGAUGCCAGGGCCUUAUAUGAAGCAGGAGAAAAAAGAAAAGGGACAGAUGUUAAUGUGUUCAUCACCAUUCUUACCACCAGAAGCCCUUCCCAUCUUCGCAGAGUGUUUCAGAAGUACUCCAAGUACAGUAAGCAUGACAUGAACAAAGUUCUGGACCUGGAGUUGAAAGGUGACAUCGAGAAAUGCCUCACAGUUAUUGUGAAGUGUGCCACAAGCAAAUCAAUGUUCUUUGCUGAGAAGCUUCAUCAGGCCAUGAAGGGUAUUGGAACUCGUCAUAAGACACUGAUCAGGAUUAUGGUUUCCCGUUCUGAAAUCGACAUGAAUGACAUCAAAGCAUGCUAUCAGAAGUUGUAUGGCAUCUCUCUCUGCCAAGCCAUCCUGGAUGAAACCAAGGGAGAUUAUGAAAAAAUCCUGGUGUCUCUCUGUUCAGGAGACUAAACAUUCCUUUGAUGAUCUCAAGCUUUUUGAUCAGAAGACUUAUUAACCAUAUCUUUCCAUUCCAUAUCAUAGAUUUAAAUAGGAAAGUUUCUUCAACAGGAAUAUAGUCUAGUAACUCCUUCCUGAAAAGUAUAGCCUAUAAAUCAUUUUUUAUUUCAACUCUAUAUAAUAGAGAUAAGUUUUUUUAAAAUAUAUUUACUCCAAACUAUAAAACCCCAUAAAGAGGUUGUUCUAGUAACAUGGCUUGAGAAAGAUGUUUAUGUCACAGAAAAUAAAGUGGUUUUACAGG